CUGAUGCAUAUUUAACCGGUCAGUAAAUAUUGUUCACAUCACUCCUCCCUCCGCAAUGACUUACACUUUGACGGAGAGUAUUACCCCUGUGGUCCAGCCUGACAUCUCCUACCAUCCAGAUGAAGUCAAGUACAAACAACGCACUGCGCGUAGGUUGUCAGAAAAUCCAAACCUCCCGAAAUCCCAGCUGCCCUCUGGCUUCCCCUCCAGGGUCGAAGGGCCUAUUGUCUGGGAAGGCAAAGAUUGGAUAUCUGAGGAUCAGUGGGUUUUCCAUCUGAGCCCUGCGCACCUACAAGAGAUCGAUGACGCUCUUGCACACUUUAAAGCGCUCAACAGAGCUAUGGGGUACAUCUCAAAUGAUACAUUUCCCCUUCCAACCUUGAGUAAGAUUCUGGUUUCGUUGGCAAACGAACUCUACUCGGGCCGAGGCUUUUUCGUUCUGAGAACCAUACCAGUUGAUAAGUACACGAGGAGCGACCUGGCCAUUAUUUACGCAGGAAUAUCCUCGCAUGUGGGUUCAGCUCGAGGAAAACAAGAUGGCACUGGAGCAGUCCUAGCUCAUAUCAAAGAUCUAACUCUUAGUCAUGCUCAUGAAAAAGGUGGAAUCGGCAAUGCUGCAUAUACGACUGAUAAGCAGGUGUUCCACACCGAUGUCGGGGAUCUCAUUGCACUGAUUGCACUCGCUACAGCGGCGGAAGGCGGUGUAUCUAGAAUUAGCAGCAGUGGACGUGUCUACAACGAGCUCGCAGCGACCAGGCCCGACUUGAUCAAAAUUCUCUCAGAACCUUGGAUUUUGGACACCUUCGGCGGCCAAACAGGCUACACCACACGUCCUUUGCUCUAUCAUGAAGAUGGGCAUAUCAUCAUCCAAUAUUCUCGUCGACAUUUUACUGGAUACGGCAACCAGCAUCGAAGCUCUGAUAUCCCUCCCAUAACGGAAGCCCAGGCCGAGGCCUUGGACGCUGUCCAUUUCCUUGCAGAAAAGUAUUCGCUGGGAUUAAACUUCCAGAAGGGAGAUAUCCAGUAUAUCAACAGCUUGGGGCUCCUUCACGCUAGAGAUGCUUUCCGAGAUGAUCCUGAAAAUGUUCGCCAUCUCAUCCGUCUAUGGCUACGGAACGAUAAACUAGCGUGGCCGACGCCUAAACCGUUGCAGCCCAUUUGGCAACGACUGUAUUCUGUCCCUCCAGACGAGCAGCGAUUUCCCAUAGAACCUGAAAUCAGACGUAAAGCCAACGGCGCCACAAAAUGAAAGAAUCUUGAGGUGUGUUAAGUAGUAUGCUACUAGUUACUCUUUCAAUAUGUGCAGUAUGACCAACUUUCAUCAUGGAAUGUCGUGUCAUCUAACGUUUAUCGUUACGUUUUCCUUUCUCCCUUAUGGUCCGUGUUCAAGUUGAGGAUGGACGAGGAAAUAUGUCUAACACAAACACAAUAGGUAAGGGUGCGAUAAGAAGACGGAAGUACACAUAGCAUUCGUAUAUUUUCGCGGUCCUUGCCAAAUAAGAACCGUACGGGCAAACCAAGAUCUAGGGUCCGCCACGGGAGUUGUAGAUAUUUUUGAAAAGUGAUCUGUGCGCCACAUUAGCUACCAAAACUUCGAAGAGUUGUAUCAAUCUG